AUUGAUUCAGCCAUCGCAGCAAAUCCCCAAAAAACCAAAUCUCCAAAAAUGUUCAAAUUCGUUGCCUUCUUCGCCUGCCUCGCCGUGGCCGCUGCUGCUCCUGGUCUGAUUGCCGAGACCCACUCAAUUGUCCAGCCAGCUAUUGUGGCCAAGACCGCCUACGUGGAUCACAGCGCCUCCUCGGCCAUCACCCAUCAGAGCAACGUGAACCUGGUGCGCAAGGUGCCAGUUGUCUACUCCGCCCCAGUGGUUCAUUCCGCCCCAGUGGUUCAUGCAGCCCCAGUGGUUCAUGCCGCCCCAGUGGUUCAUGCCGCCCCAGUGGUUCAUGCCGCCCCUGUGGUUCAUGCCGCUCCUCUGGUCAAGACCGUCAUCCCAGCUGCUCCACUGCUCCACACUGUGGUCCCCGCCGCUCCUCUGGUCAAGACUGUGAUCCCAGCUGCCCCAGUGGUUCAUUCCGUCCAGCCUUUGGUACAUACUGUCCACAGUGCCCCAGUGGUUUACUCUGCCUACCACAAGUAA